CCCUCCAUUUUUCCCUAGCCGCCACUCUCUCUUCUCCUUUUCUCUCCCACGCACGCACUCUCUCCUGUCUCCUCCCUCACGGCGGCAACAGCCACCAGGAAGCUCCUCCACGCCAUGGUUGUGGGCUCCCAUGGCGAGCAGCUUUCCUGCCCAUGGCGCCCUUCCUCCUCGGCUCAAUGGUGUGGCCGAGCAGCAGCCCCCAGCUCUCCUCUCUCCAUGGCGCAGGGAGCAGUUCCCCUGGCCGAGCUCCAUUCCAGCAGGGACGCCCAGGUCCCGACGGCCCCUGCGCAGCUCCUCCUCGCGGCCACCAUGGUGCUCGACGCCUCUCCCCUUCAAGUGCAGCAGCUCCAUUCCUCUCCUUCCCAUGGCGCCCCCAUUCCUUCCAUGGAAAAACCAGCAGCCACCCCUCUGUUGCUGCCGAGCUCCAGCUCCGGCCAGCAGCCAUGGCGCCGAGGAUUCCCUGCGCGCGAGCACAAGCCCCAUUUCUUCUACCUCUGUCCGCGCCCAGCAGCAUCCCUGCGCAGCGCCGCUGCUCCAUCUCCUCCCCAUAUUCCCCACCAAACAGCACCCGCAGCGAGUCGCCGUCGCCCAUGGCCGAGCCCCCUUCCUCCCCGGCCGCCUAGCACACUGUCCAGGGCGCCCAGAAAUCCCAGCAGCGAGCUCCACCGCCGACCUGCGCAGCAAGCUGCGCGCUGCAGCAGCAUGCCGUGUGUUCGCUGUUUUGCGCAGCCCCAUCCGCGACGCCGUCGAAACCCGUGCUAGCCGUCAAUCGCCAUUCGUCGCGCACGCGUGUUCGAUACAAGACCGGUCGGGUGCACCACGUGCUUGCACAAGUCAACUCCGAUCCCGUUCAGGACCGAGAGAUGGUGAUCGUGCACGUGAUAUGGUGCCAACCACAGGAUGCCGUUGGUGGACGACCCAAGGAAGGAUGGACUUAACCACUGGAUGCUAGCCAAGCGAGUACCCACCCCAGCAAACACUAUCUAAGUGUCAAAAUAAAG